GUGAAAAAAACAAAACGGCGCCAGACACGAACAUGUGUUUCAGUGAUAAAGUAACAAACUACAAGGAGAAAGCACAUUUCUAUAUACGCAGCGCUGUUAAAGCUGCAGGUCUGGAAGCAUAUACUCUGCAAUUGAUGCACUCUUAACAACAUUAAACACAAAUAAGAUGGAGAAAGAACCACCUCCAGAGGACAAGGAGCCCAACAACAUCCCAGACAGGCUGGACUGGCUUCUGAACACUGCAGAGAGCACUCCUAUGGAUACCAACAUUCUAAUGAUAAAUGUCACCACUGACAGUGUUUGCACAUCAGCAUUUACCAGGGAACGACUCUUUGAAGCAGCAUCCCAGGGAGACACAACUCAGCUCGAUGGUCUGCUCAACUACCUGCUGGUUAAUAAUAAACGACUUACAAGCUCAGAAUUCACAGAUGAUGUCACUGGGAAAACAGUGCUCCUCAAAGCUUUGCUGAAUCUGAAAGAUGGAAGAAAUGACACCAUAGACGUCUUCCUCGACAUCGCAGAGAAAACUGGAGAUUUAAAAAACUUAAUCAAUGCGUCUUACAAAGAUGUUUGCUACAAAGGUCAGACAGCGCUGCAUGUGGCCAUUGAAAGACGGAGCUUCGAUCAUGUGAAGCUGCUGGUGCAGAAAGGAGCUGAUGUGCAAGCCAAAGCCAGUGGAACUUUCUUCCAGCGUGAUGCAGGACUGGGCUUUUAUUUUGGAGAACUUCCACUGCCGCUGGCUGCCUGCACCAACCAGUCCAACAUUGUCUCCUUCCUCAUGGAAAACCCAUAUAGAAGAGCAGAUUUGACCGACAAGGACUCAUAUGGAAACACUGUCUUGCACACUUUGGUCGCAGAAAACUUACCAGAAAACACAGAAAUGUUUGUGAAGAUGUACGACGAGAUCCUCAUUCAGUACACCAAGCUUAACAAACCGAGGCAAGUCAAUCUGGAAGAGAUUGAAAAUAAUCAGGGCUUGACUCCUGUGAAGUUAGCAGCCAAGAUGGGAAAGAUUGGGCUCCUCAGGCACAUUUUGCAACGAGAAUUUGUGGAUGAGGAGAUGAUGCCGCUGUGCAGGAAGAUCACAGAAUGGGUCUAUGGACCCGUUCAUUCCUCACUUUAUGACACAAGCUCCAUCGACACCAGCGAAGACAACUCUGUGUUGGACAUAAUCGUCUUUGGGAGUGAAAGUCCGAAUCGACCAGAGAUGCUCCAGAUCGAGCCUCUUUACAGUCUUCUCAAGGACAAAUGGGACAGGUUUGCUUCCAAGUUAUUCUGGAUGAAUUUCUUGCUGUAUCUGAUCUACCUGGUCAUCUUCACCACUGUGACCUACUACAGAAGGGAAGGAGAGCCACCGUUUCCCAUUGAAAACAUCACGGAUGACUCCCUCCGCCUCAUCGCCGAGAUCAUCACUGUCUUAGGGGCAGUGUGGUUUCUCUACAAAUCGAUAACUAGUUUCAUAAGGAACCCACCAAGCUUCACGUCUCUGUACACUGAUGGAGUCUUUGACAUUCUGUUUUUCCUGCAGGCAACACUUCUCCUGAUUUGCACAAUCUUAUACGUCACUGGACGGAGAGAAUAUGUUGGACUCCUCGUGUUGUCUCUGGCCCUUGCCUGGAUCAACGUACUUUACUAUUCGAGAGGCUCUAAACAUAUGGGGAUAUACGCUGUCAUGAUGCAAAGAAUGUUCCUGGGUGACCUGUUGACCUUUUUAAGUGUCUAUGUGGUCUUGCUUGUUGGAUUUUCUGCAGCUCUUGUUACUCUGAUGGCUGACUCCAUUUCAGCUCUUCAAGCCUAUGAGGACAAUGACAAUGAUGGAAGGAGCGCCGGUGUCCCGACAUUUGGCGAGAUGCCGACUUACGAUGACCUCCGUUUCACAGUACUGGAGCUCUUCAAGUUCACGAUUGGAAUGGGAAAUCUGGAGUUCACCGACUACAUGCAGUAUAAGGAGGUUUUCUACAUCCUGCUCAUCUCGUACAUCGUUCUCACUUACAUCCUGCUCCUCAACAUGCUCAUCGCCCUGAUGGGCAACACAGUCGAUAGAAUCUCCAGAGAAAAUAUAAACAUCUGGGACCUGCAGAGAGCUUCUACAAUUUUGGACAUUGAAAGAGGACUGCCCAAGUUUCUGAAGAGCAGGCUGUUUUCCAACGAUUUCAGGACGGUGCGUGUGAAAAGUGAAAACAAUGAGAAUCGCACAUUUUUCAGGGUGCAGGAGAUGAACUGGAAAAACUGGAGGUCAGGGCUGACUGUGAUCCAUGAGGAAGACCCAGGGAAUCACAUGAUGCAGCCUCACUCCCGCUCUCCAGGAAAACUGUGGGAGAGGAUUCGUGUCAGACAUCACCAACCACAUCCUUCCAGCGUUCUCUGAUUUUACACAUGAAACAAUAACAGUAAUAAUAAUUCUUAGGUACAUGUAUUUUUCUACCAGGGAAACUUACAUCAGUGACAUUAUGAACCAACACAGUGUGAUGAUGUGACCAGUGAGAAGAGGAAAGCACUCACACGUCUGUGUGUGGAUUACAGUUUACCAAACUCAUAUGGGCAUGUGCAUUUCAAUUGUUUAAACAAAGUGUGGAACCUUAAGUGUCCUUUAAGCCAUUCAUGAUCAGAGACUUAAUCUCAGGGAUUCUUUCUGGCAUAUAUGCUUGCUUAAUUUAUAUCCAGCCUUAUACUUAACGCUGUAGUUUUUUUUAAAUAUAAAAGAAAUGUCUGGUUCAUACCAUACAAAUCACUGUCAAAGAAGUUUACUCAAUGCUGAUUGAGUAAACUGAAGGCCCAUUUACUGUAUACUCCGCUUUUGUCUAUAUGCGUCCCAAACAUUAUCUCCAUCACUAGCACUUCACACACCUCUGCGCGCCUUUUGCCGAUUUUGUGUGCAGUGGAAUGUAAGACCACUAAGUGUAUGACAUUGAUGGACAUCUUUGAGCCAUGGUCCCAUAAAAUCUAGAUUUUGUGAUUAGGAUUAGGCAAACAAAGGAACAAAGGUGAGCCUUUUUUUCUUCCCUUGCUCUGGCUGUUCUGUUUCUGUGUCAAUAGGAGAAUUAAGUAGGGACGAAAGACUCCGCCCGUCUCCGUCUUUUACCUGUGGGACAAGCUAACAUGAGGAUGGAUGUGAACUUACUGACCCCUGUGUUUUUGUUUUUAUUUUUUUUUUAUGAAUUUAAAUAACUGUUUAAGACCAAAUAAAUGUAUUUAGGCAGAGGUAGCAGGACAUUUGAUUGUUUAUAAAGGUGUAGUCAGUGCAUAUGUAUUUUAAUUGCUAAUGUGAUAAGUGAACCAGCUUGAUUUUUAACUAUCGCAUUUCAACAAGUCCAGUGUAUUUGGCACUGGUAUGCAUGAACUAAUGUCUCCAUACAGUCUUGUAACAGAACAUAAUGUGCCUUGACUUUGCCUCCCUAUCAGCAGAUUCCCAGACUCUGUCUAACCAACCAACUGCUGCUGACAGUGCUGUGGGGGGCAGGUGAUAAAAAACCAAAAACCGUCACUCCUUUCUGCAGAACUACAGCACAGACCGCCUUCAUGUGCUGUGCUGUCUGUUUCCUCUUGCAAGAAGAAUAAACCUGUCAAAGACA